GGAAGUCAAGUUUUAACAAACACCGAGAAACAGAGGCUGUUAUCCUCAUAACUCGAGCCACAAGACUGUCUAACUUUCAACGAGUAUUCAUAUGUGUAUUCGCAGUUAUAUAUAAAAGGUAUAUCUGUACUUUCCUAUCAAACAUACGCACGUUUUGAUCUCGCCAAAUGCAGAAGACUGACACGGCGGAUUAUAGCUAGCUAAUUUAUAGCUACCAAGUUAGCAAGGUAGCAAUCAUCAGUUUGAACGGAGUUGUCACCUACCAGACUAACCAACUACUGCACUAGCAACAUAAACCUGGACGAAGUGUGACUCGAAAAGACGCCAUGGCAGAGGAGGACCCCUACCUCCAAAGUCCUUUUAUAGAUGUGGAACCAUGGAUGGGAAUGGAAGUGCUGAAUUACCCCCCUAUGUCGCAUGCCAACACGCUGAGGAUAGCAGAUGGGCCUUAUCUUCAAAUCAUAGAACAGCCCAAACAGAGAGGGUUCCGUUUCCGCUAUGGCUGUGAGGGGCCCUCCCAUGGCGGCCUCCCAGGAGCCUCCAGUGAGAAGAACAGGAAGUCCUAUCCGCAGGUGAAGGUCUGCAACUACCAGGGCAUGGCUCGUGUGGUGGUCCAGCUGGUCACCUUCUCCAAGGACACACACCUCCACGCCCACAGCCUGGUGGGAAAGCAGUGUGACAAGGGCAUCUGCAUUGCCGACCUGCAGCCCAAGGACUCCUGCAUCAGUUUUCCGAACCUGGGCAUCCUCCACGUGACGAAGAAGAAUGUGAGCAAGACUCUGGAUGAGCGCAUGUCUGAGGCCUACAGGCAGGGCUUCAACUGCGGCGUGGUCAUCCACCCGGAGAUCGACUGCCUGCAGGAGGAGGUCCGCCAGCCCCGCGAACUCACAGAACAUCAGAAGAUUCUGGUAGCCGAUGCUGCAGGGGCGCAGGCUAAAGACAUGGAUCUCAGUGUUGUGUGUCUCAUGUUCACCGCCUUCCUGCCCGAUAGUGACGGAGGCUUCUCCCGCCGGCUAAACCCUGUCAUCUCCGACCCCAUCUACGACAGCAAGGCUCCCAAUGCUUCCAACCUGAAGAUCGUGCGGAUGGACCGCACAGCGGGGUGUGUGACCGGGGGAGAGGAGGUGUACCUGCUGUGUGAUAAAGUGCAGAAAGACGACAUCCAGGUGCGCUUCUACGAGGACGACGAUGCAGGGCCGAUGUGGGAGGCCUUCGGGGACUUCUCCCCCACCGAUGUCCACCGGCAGUUUGCGAUCGUCUUCAAGACCCCAAAGUACCGCGACCUGAACCUGCAGAAGCCCGUGUCUGUGUUUGUCCAGCUGAAAAGGAAGUCUGAUAAUGAGACCAGUGAGCCCAAGCCCUUCACCUACCACCCACAGAUCAUCGAUAAGGAGGAGGUGCAGAGGAAGAGGCAGAAGACACUCCCUAACCUUCAGGACUACGGCCCCCAGGGGGGCGGUGGGGGCAUGUACAGGCCGGGCGGACCUGGUUCUGCCCCAGGAGGGGGUCCUGGCACCGGAGGACACUACUUCCAGGGCUAUUCCACCAACAACUACAACUAUGGAACCGGCUACUCCUUCCCCCAUGGUGGGGGCGGAGUCGGCAUGAAGCACGCCUCUCAGGGCCCGGUGGGGGACUCUAGCCAGGACGGCGAGGACGACGAGGACCCCGGGGCUGGGGGGGCGGAGCCGGUGUGUGACGGGCCGUGCCCGCAGGCGGGGGCGGAGCCAGGAGACCAGGCCUCGUCCAGCGGGGAGCAGGCUCUCUGUGAGUGGCAGCUGGAGCAGCGCAUGGUGGAGCUGGCUCAGAGGCAGGCGGAGGCGCUCUUCCAGUACGCCCUCACCGGGGACGUCCGCGUGCUGCUCGCCGUGCAGCGCCCCCUCAUGUCCGCCCAGGACGAGAACGGAGACACUGGUCUGCACCUGGGGGUGAUCCACAGCCGGACGGAUGCAGUGCAGAGUCUGUCUGAGGUCAUCGCUGCUCUCCCGGGAGAGGACGUGGUCAACAUGAGGAACGACCUUUACCAGACGCCCCUGCACCUGGCCGUGGUCACGCAGCAGGAGGGGGCGGUGGAGGCCCUGCUGGCUGCUGGCGCUGACCCCAGCCUCGCCGAUCGCCACGGCAACAUGGCCCUGCACCUGGCGGCCCGGCAGAGCACCGGGAGGAUUGUGGGAUUGCUGCUGAAGCACAGAAACGUGGCCGAGCUCAUGGACCUCCCCAACGCAUCAGGGCUCUGUGCGCUCCACCUGGCUGUGCUGGCUAACAGCCUGGGCUCUGUGCGGGAGCUGCUGCAGGGCAGGGCCGAUGUGGACGUGCAGGAGCUGAGCUGCGGCCGGACCCCGCUGCACCUGGCUGUGGAGCGGGACAACAUCUCCCUGUCCGGCUGCCUGCUGCUCGAGGGAAACGCAAAUGUGGACUCCUGCACGUAUAACGGAUCCACUCCCCUGCACAUCGCCGCAGGGCGCGGCUCCGUCAAGCUAACGGCUCUCCUCAUGGCUGCAGGUGCUGACCCGCACAGGCAGAACGGUGAGCCUCUGUAUGACAGCGAGGAGGAGCGAUGUGCUGAGGAAGAGGAGGAUGAAGAGGAGGACGAGGGCUUUGUCCCGGGCACCAUGCCGCUAGACAUGGCCUCCUCCACUGAGGUAUAUGACAUUCUGAAUGGUAAACAGUACCAGCCUGAGUUCACAUUGACCACUGCGCCCCCCCAAGGCGACCUUCAGAAGCUGGACCAGGAGGUGAAGCAGAAGCUGUGCCACGCCCUGGAGCAGCCCCCUCAGAGCUGGGAGAGCCUAGCCAACGAGCUGGGCCUGGGAAUCCUCAACAGUGCCUUCAGACUGAGCCCCUCGCCUGCACACACGCUGCUGGACAGCUACGAGGUUUCGGGAGGCACCGUGACAGAGCUGCUGGAGGGCCUGAAGGCGGUGGGAGAUGAAGGUGCCCUGGACAUCCUGCAGGGGGCGCUGGGUGGGGCCGGGCGUCAGCCGGAAGAGCCUUUCCCCCCGCGGACGGAAGCGAAACUUGGCGGUGUGCCCGUGCCCCAGCAGGUACAGGGCCUGAAGGGGGAUGAUCCGGAGGAGGGGGGCAUGUGCGACAGUGGGGUGGAGACGUCCUUCAUGAAGCUGAGCCUCAGCAUUUCGGGGUCCCUGUGCGGCCCCCCAGAGCCUAAUGAGGGCCCCAGCCUCGCCAUGGAGGGGGAGGUAUAGUGAGGGUCCUCGCUCCUCCACUACGGCACCCGACACAUCCGACACCAUGGAAACGGAGCGCGCUCAGAGACGGUCGUCUCAGACCAAGCAUUCCUCAAGCAGAGGCUUGUCCACCUCCCACAGCGGCUAUAGUGGCCCCAAUAUCUUCCCUCCCCCCUUUACACUGCAAUCACAGUCAACUGCUCCCAAACUCUGGGAUCAAAAUGCUCCAAACCAAGACAAUCAUGAAGGAAACAGGGCGUACUACUGAGUUUCUUUUAAACAUUUUUUUUAAAUUGUCCAUAGAGUGAAAUGUGCACGACUUUUCUCCCACACUUGGAAAGUACCCUUCCUAACUUCAGAAAUUCAGUUCCAUUUAGUGGGCAGGUUGAGAAUUUCAGUUUCAUCUCGAUUGGUUCAGAAGGAUGAAGUCAUCUUUGCAAAGAAGAGGACCCUCGCUCCCCCUUCCUCGACGGAGAACAGUGAAGCAGCCUCCCCCCCCCCCCCAAACGGCCCCAUGAGAGAUGGAUUAACCACACCUGUCGGGAUAACAGUGUGACACGCGGGUGGGCAGGAAGCUGCAGCGAUGACCUACCUGUGAACUGACACAACGGGCCAUCCCACCCGCGGAGAUCGUAUGACUCAAGUCCGGUUGCCAGGGACGUCACAGAGUGAUGUCAAGUGAAACUGUGUCCACGCUGCGGUGGAUGUUGGUUUGUUUGGCCAAUCAAGCGCUCUCUUUUUCAUUGCUGAACAAACCAGUCAACAUAAUUACAUCGUUAUUCAGUAAGAAUUGUCCUUACAUCAACUCAUUCUGUGACAUCCAGUGUUCUUUUUGAACGUCGAAGACGAAAUCCAAAGAUUAUGGAAAGUAAACAAAAAAACAUAAAAAUACUGUGUUCAUACUGUGCAUUUUAUGCUUUUGUUUUUGUUUUUUUCUUACUCAUCCCUUUAUGUACCUGUCCUGUUGAAAUUCUGCCACUAUGCAUUUAAAAAAUGGAAUGUAUUUUUUGGUUGUUUGCCGUUUAUUAUUUUGAUUCUGUGGCAUUUUUCUGUUACUACCUUUAAACUUGCUGCAGCUACUAGUUUGAAAAUGGUACUUGUGUAAAGCUUUUAUAAGUGUGAAGCUGAAUCGAAAGCUUGUCCAUCUGGAGAUUCAGUGCAGUUUGUUUGUCUGAGACUUGAGACUUAAUCAUUUUUAAGGGACUAUGCAGUGCAGUACAGAUACCAGACAAAUGCUUAUUCAUAGUAAAUUAACCUGUAUAACAGGAAAAGUUGCUAUAAGGUAAACAAGUAAAUGUGUACAGAGAAUUCCCUUGGAUUGGUGCAGACGCUAGUGUGCUUCACUGAAGUCUAUGGAAUUUUACAUCUAAGGGAGGAGUCCUGUGAAUUAUAAAAGUGAUUGCAUUCUUUAAAAGCUAAAGAUACAGCAUUGCUACUGCUAUAAAACACCAAUUUAACCCAUUGUUUUCUCUUUUUUUGUUAGUUUUUUUUAAUUGCUACUUAAUUUUUGGCUUCUACUGAAAAGGAACUAACAUGCUCUGCACUAUGAUCUAUCCAGCCGGCAUAUUUAUACAUGCGCUUUGAAAUUCCACUUUGUAUAUACACGUAUGGAGGCAUUGGAAAAAGGCGAAAACUGUGUUCAAGGUUUGCUUUUUAAUUGGCUGAUUGUAAUACUUUUAUAAUAAAAUUCGGAAAAGUAUAAA